AUGUUCUUUAAAAGUAGUAACUUUUCCAUAAUAGACCACACAAUUAUUCCAUUUGACAUUCUUAAAGAAUGUGAUAAAAAGAUACAAGCAUUAUCUGCUACAUCAGAAGGAGAAUUGUUUUUUACACAAGAAAAUAAUAUCUUUAAGUAUAAAGCCACAAAAAAGAAUAAAAGUCAAGAUGAGAUAGUGAAACUUAAAUCUGUUAAUAAUCUAAUUAUUAGUGGAGAUGUCUGUGGUUGUAUUAAAAUAUUUAGUAAAACAAUUUUAAUAAGAAGUUAUCACGAGCAUACGCAUAAAAUUAAUUGUAUUGAUUUAUAUAACGGUAAAAUAUUAAUAUCUGCCUCAGAUGAUGCAACAAUUAAAUUUUAUGAUAUUAUUGAAAAUAAAUCAUUUAAAACUUUAGAUUGGUUUGGUGAUCGUGUAAAAUGCUUUAAAAUAUUUGAGAAUAUUUUGUACAUUGGUGUAUGUAACGGAUUUAUCUACGGAAUUGAUUUAGAAACGUAUAAUAAAAUAUACGAGUUUGAUACUAAAACACCAGUUCAUAAUAUAGAGAUACAUAAUGGAAUCAUCUACUACUCUACAGUUAAUAAAGUCUUUAAAAUAAUCACUGAAUCUCAGUACAUUGGUAGUCAUACAAAACAGAUAACCGAUAUGAAAAUUUUGAAUAAUAAAAUUUGUACAAUUUCUUUAGAUGGAUUUUAUAAGAUAUGGUCAUUAAAAGGGCAGUUGAUAACAAAGAUUAAUUUUAGCAGUCCAAUUCUAUCAUUUGGCAGUUACGAUCAAAUUUUUUAUUUUGGUCUUGAAGUAGGAACCCUUUGUCAAUUAGGUGGUACUAAGCCAACUAAGAAAACGGAACUGAUUAAAAAUAAAUAUAUGAGAGAUUUUGAAGAACAAAUACAAUAUAAAUUAUUCGAGCAAAAUUGCCUAAAAAAUUCACAAUUAGAAAAACUUAUAAAAAAAUACGAACACAAAGGUGCAUUAAAGUUAGCACUAGAUCAACAAAAUUUUAAAGACACUUUCAGUGUCUUAUAUUUCCUUUAUAACAAUCGUAAAUUAAAAAACGCAUUGUUAUUUAUAGAAAAAGAUUAUUUGUUGAAAUUACUAGAUUUCAUUAUUGAGAAUCUGCAAAUUAGAGACUUGUUUGAAAUACUGCAAGAAGUUAUUUAUAUUGUUUUAUCUGUAUAUUUAGAAGAUUUCACAGAUGAUGAUGAUCUUUACGAUAAAUUAACGUUUUUAAGUGAAGUUGUUGAUGAAGAGUGCUGUUUUCAAGAGAAACUUAUAGAAGCGUAUAGUUAUAUAGAGUGUUUUAAAUAA